AUGCAUUUUCUAAAGACCCCCCAGUUGUCAUCAGUAGAUGACGAAGUUGUAAAUAAUUCAGAUGAGGUUUUUAGUGUUCCUAAGGGAUUUAACUCACACAUACAAUUAUAUGUUGAGGGUCACAAAGUCAGUGCUUUAAUUGACACUGGUGCUAACAUUUCUUUACUUUCUAAUCAGUUUCGUAAAAGUAAUAAAUUUUUAAAGUCAAGAGGAUUACAGAAAGUUUUCACACGGGCUAAGGCAGUUGAUGGCAGCCCCCUUGAUAUUAUAGGCUGUGUUCAAGUUAACUUGCGUAUUGGGGAUGUUACGCUUAACCAUAAUUUUCAUGUCACCAGUAGUAUGGAGAGACCCAUGAUAUUAGGUUGGGAUUUUCUUAGGUCAAAUGGAGCAGUUAUUGACUUGCAAACUGGAGUUAUUAAGAUUGCUGAUACUGUUACAUCAUUUCGUACUGACCGACAAGUCGCUUUACAUACUUGUAAUGUUGUUUUGCCACGAGCAUUAGUUGUUCCAGCUGGUAUGGAAAUGACUGUUGAUGCUAAAGUGUCAGCCCCUGAAUGUAUUUCAAUCCCUCAUGGAUACGAAGGUGUAAUGGAGCCUGAUAAGAAUAUUCCUAUUAUUUGUGGAAGGACAGUUGCUACUGUAGUCAACGGGAUAAUACAUAUUUUGUUGAUUAAUCCAACUCGUCAGGAUAUUGAGUUAACUCGCAAUAUGCCCUUAG